UCACUGCUUUCUAAACCGGGGAUGGAUGAUCAACACAUGGCAUAUAUGGCCAAUCUUUACAAGCAGUUAGCAGAUCGAGAUGGAAAGCCUAAAGUUAACCGGACCGUUAUGACUAACACCAUUCGGCUGGUGAAACCCAGUGCAAGUGUCCUGCUCGCUGACUCUGGUCAUUGGCAUAUGCAUCAUGUUCAAUACAACCUGCACUAUCUGCCGGAGCUAGAGCAUUUGAUUAAAGUUGCUGUUGUCUAUUUACACAGUCCUCUUGCCAAUCAACUUUUAGUUUCUUGUGAAAUCAAAUGUCUCCUUUCAAAUUAUGUCAAGCUAAAUUUCAUACAGAAUGCCACUGAUAUAGAAUUGCCCAUCCAGUUUUCAUUAAACCUGAAUGAACGAUGGGCAGAGGCUGAUGUAACUCCUUGUGUCAUUUUCCCAACUGGCAAUUCUGUGAAGAAAGUCGAUCUGCAUAUCAGUUAUAAAUGUACUGAAUUUGGCAAAGACCAUCCAAGAACUCUGGAUAAAAGAAGAAACUAUGGUGUCCAUUUACAGGUGCCUUCUCUGCUAUUAUAUUUAAAUGACACUGAUGAAACUGCACAUCAAAGACCAGAAACAUCAGAAAAACAAUUUCAAGAAAGUUCAUCCAAAUCCCGUGUGUUGGUUAGGAAACCACGACAACUAAGCAACAUUGGCUCAGACAUUCCUAACUAUCUUAAGAAAAGUCCUCCAAGGAACAAGUGCAAGCUCCAUUCGUUUUGGGUAAGCUUUGAGCAAUUGGGUUGGGAUCAUUGGAUUGUGGCUCCUCAUAGGUACAAUCCAAAAUUCUGCAGGGGAGACUGUCCCAGAAUUCUUCACUAUGGCUACCACUCUCCAAAUCAUGCCAUAGUGCAGAAUUUUAUCAAUGAAAUAGUUGAUAAAAAUGUGCCCCGUCCAUCUUGUGUCCCUUUGAAAUACAGUCCCAUUAGUGUCCUUUUGAAGGAACAAAAUGAUCACAUCGUGUACAAGGAGUACAAUGACAUGAUUGCUGUGGCUUGUACUUGCAAAUAG